UGCGAUCGCUAAUGAACUCCAUUACAUUACUAUUACUACGUUAUGAUUGGAAUUUCAAAAUGUAUUAAUAUAAAACGAGACUUCAGUCACGUGCGCCCUAAAAAAAAUCAGGCGGUGAUGCCACUAGCAUCCAAUGGUGUCUAUUUGGAGCAAAUAUUUUAAUUUUUCGGCACCAUAUUUUUUAAGUAACAUUAGUGAUUUGCUAAAACUAUGAAACAUUUGGUGCGUUCGGUCGUUUUAAACUUAUUCCUAGUUUCUGUCGCGUGCCACCACAGAAGAAAACGAUUUCAAAAUCAAUGCUCUUUAUUUAGCGGAUAAAUUUGGCAACGCGCCUGGAGCUUGACAUUAAGGCGGAUUCGGAUUGAUUGUUUAUCUUCCCGAAUAAGGUUAUGUCGUUUUCCCGAAGCCCUUGAGGAAAGGCAGCCUUUGUUCGGGAUCGGGUUAUGGAUAAACGGUGUCAAUCUGAAAUUUAGUUUGGCGCGGUCUCCCCCGGAAUUGUUACAUAAAUCGUCCGAGCGAGACCUUCGAGACCAUGCCGAAAUUUUUUGAAAACUCGGUCGUUUUUAAUUACAACUGGGAGCAGGUGGCUCAAGCGUUCUGGCAAAGGUAUCCCAAUCCGAACAGCCAACACGUACUGAGCGAGGACACGGUAUCGCGGGAAGUGAAGUCCGGUAAACUGUUCACGAAAAGACUUCUCAGCAAAACCAACAACAUUCCAAAAUGGGCCAAAAACUUCAUAAAUACCACGUACGUGUACAUCGUGGAAGAGAGUGUGGUGGACCCAAAAGCCAAGACAUUGAUCACUUACACGAGAAACCUGGGCUUCACCAAAAUCAUGAGCGUCACCGAGAAGGUGGUCUACACCCAGAGUCCCGACAGUCCGGAUAAGACGGUGGCGCAGCGUUACGCCUGGAUCGAUUCGCAGGUGCGUGGCUUCAGCCGCGCCAUCUGCGCCUUCGGCUACGAGCGUUUCAAGAAAAACUCCCAGAAAAUGGUGGGCGGCUUCAACUACAUUCUUGCCAAUUUGUUUCCGCACCAGAACGGUGUCCCGCCUGCGCAUGCCACCGCCAUCGCCGCGGCGAAACUUAAGGGGGCCGCUAAAAACGCGUCCGAUCUGGCGAAAUCCAAGGCCGCUCCGAUUUAUGCGUCGCUGCACCCGAACCAGUCCUAGAUUUGGCGCGGGGGUUGUUUUAGAAACCAAAAUGGAGCUGGAGCAUUUAUUUUUUACCACCGUCAACAAUUUUUAUAUUCAAACACAAUUGAUUCCUGCAUUGUUUAUUAAAAAUACCCUUAGGCGACA